AUGUCGGCAGGAUCGAAUCUUGUGGAUUUUUUCCAGCGCUUUCAGGGCAUACAGCAGCAAAGGGACACGUCAGAUCUGUUGAUUCGGGAUAUCCUCGUGUACUGCGACAAGCUCGAAACCGCCCUGCGAUUCCAGAACCAGCAACUCGUCGACGAGCUUAAAGAGUGCAAACGCGACAAGAGAGAUUUGCAGACCCAGCUGAAGAAUAGCGAGGCGAGAACUGAUUGGGUAACCAAGGAAAUCGAACAAAUCAGGGACCACAAUGCGUACAUUCUUGUCAUGAUUGACGGCGACGGCCUGCUGUUCCGCGACCAAUGGAUCAAGCAAGGCGUCGAAGGCGGCAGGAAGGCUGCUCGCGAGCUUCGAGACGCCAUUACUGCUCAGUGCGGCGAGCAUGCCGACGUCGAGAUUAUUACAAAAGUGGUGGCCAACUUUGGCGGCCUGGCCAAGUCCUUGGGCCGCGACCUGUCCGACCUGAAGGAUUUUGCUUCGGGCUUCACCCAAGGCGAGGCAACAUUCGACUUUAUCGAUGCUGGACACGACAAGGACUGUGUCUCGUCCAAAAUCAAGAAUAAUAUACAGUUUCACCUUGAAAACUACAACUGCAGACAUAUUCUCCUGGGCGUCUCCCACGAUCCCUCAUACGCUCCCUUGCUGGAAAAGAUUGCCCAAAACGACUUUUCCCGCCAUCGCAUGACCAUCAUCGAAGGCGUCCCCACCGUCCCCGAGCUCGUCGCCACCAGCAUCCCCAGCAUGGAUCUGGGAAGGGACCUUUUCCGCAGCGACAAAUGCCCCGAUAGAAGUACGUCAGCCUGGCAGCUUGGCAGCUGGGUAGCCGGACCUAGGACUGCCAGCCCUGCCACUAGUAUCGGAUCAGCCAGCACGCCAGGCCGCUCAUCAUUAUCAUACGCCAACGCCGCGAGCAGCAACAGCAGCCCCCCUCCCCAGAUUUCGCUCCCCAUCGCCCCCAAGCCCGCCGCCAGUCGAGCCCCCAAGGCGCAGUAUCAGCAGAUUCCCCCCCAGCAGCCCGACUGGGAUCCCGGCCACCGCGGGCUGGACGAGCCCAUCACCGUCAGCGUCUUGGCCAUGGAGAGCAUCAAGAAGCGCAAGGAGUCGGAUAAGCUGUGCAACAACCACUUUUUGCGAGGGCCCUGCACCAAGGGUGACUCGUGCUUCUUUGUCCACGACUACAAGCCCAGCAGCGAGGAGAUUAAUGCCAUUGCCGUGUUGGCUCGUCAGAACCCGUGUACAAAUGGGCAGGACUGCGAGUCUGACGAGUGCAUCUACGGCCAUCACUGCCCCAGCAUCCGCGACAACGUCUGCAUACACCCCUUUUGCAAAUUCCCCGAGGAGGCUCAUCCCCCAGGGACAAAGUUCAAAAAUCCAAGCAUCAAGGCAAACCAAAUACGAUGA